AUGUCAAAAGGUAUUAAAACGACAAUAGUGGGGAUACACCCGUCUUUAACAGACGACGAGAUACACGAGUUUUUGAAACCAUAUCAACCAAUUAGUGUCGACAUUCCUCGAUAUGCCGAAGACACUAAUCUAAGCUAUUGCGAUGUUCUAUUUGACAACGAAGAAGCUGUUAUGGACCUAAUUGCCAAAAAGGACAAAAAGAUAUGGCGCAAAAAAACGGUGAAUGUACGGAAGGACCUCAAAAAUCUCAAAAAUGUGCACUUUUCAUAUCCGGGGCUCAAAGUCACUGAAGAUGAGGUGAAAAAGUACCUCAGUGAAUUUAACCCCAUCAAAGUCACACAAAUGACGAAGAAAAAGGGAGAAAUGAAGUCGAACAAUAUUUCUGUUGUGAUGAAGGAUAUUGAAAUGAUCGAUAAACUCAAAUUUGAAUGGGAAGGAAAAGAACUGAAAGGAGAGAAAUUGCAUAUUGUGGGAAAAAAUAAGAACGGAAGCGCUAUUAAACAGUGCAAAAUAUGCAACAAGCUCGGACACACUGCAAAUAACUGCAACGAUAAAUUUAAAAACGUCGAGUGUUUCAUAUGCAAAGGAUACGGCCAUAAACAAUGGGAUUGCCCACAAAAGAAGUGCUUGAGUGACUUGCAAAAGGCAGAAGAAGAUGAUGAUGGUCAAGAAACAAAAUAUUACGCAGGACAAAUUAGAAAUAACAAAGAGAACUACUGA